UUGGAAUAAAAAGGACUUCUUGGCUUUGAAAAAUUCUCUGAACCAAUUUACCACACAUAUCCGAUUCUUUGAAAUUUCUUCAAAAGAUUUUCAUAAAAAUAUUUGGCCUUUUAAGAAAGUGUUACCUCCAUCACUCUUUGAAGAAAUUGUUUCAUUUCAUAUGUCUAAGACCGAACCUAAGCAAAAUAAAUUGGUUCCUCGUUAUAAAAAGAUUCAUGUUGAUUCAAUGAUCAUCAAACCCAGACAUGUGGCAGUUCUUAUUAACUGGAUUGAAAGAAAAGAUCCUAAUACGAGAAUUCCAAAGGAUCAAUAUAAAGUUAAUCUUAUUUAUCGUAAAAGUAGAGAUGGAUCUGAUAUCAGUACUAUACGCAGUCAAUGUAGUGGACAGGGUGCGUGUAUUUUGAUUAUUAAAACUACAGAAAAUGAAACCAUAAUUGGUGGUUAUAAUCCUAAUGGUGACGGAGGAGAUUUGAAAAAUUUUAAGAUUAGUCGAGUUCAAAGCAGUGGUAAUGCGAUGUAUGAAUCGCGUUCUCAGAAUAUUGCAUUAAAUUUUGGCAAUAGUGAUUUGGUUAUCAAUAAUAAUGCUGGAUCAUGCAAUCAAGGCUAUUAUGAAAGUACCAUUUUAGAUUCAAAUAACUUUACUAUUGAGGAAAUGGAGAUCUUUAAAAUCAAUUAA